AAAAGCUACAUUUAUGGUGAAACAGUGAAUGAAGAUGCAAGAGAUGAUUCAUUGUAUUCCAUUUUAGAAGAACUGUGGCAAGAUGAUGAAUGGAUGAAAAGAUACCAGGGAAAAAAGAAAAACCCUUUGACUCAUGCUUCUUUUAAUAAGAAAAUAUUGACUACCAAGAGAGAUUAUGAAUAUACAGACAUUGGAACGCAUGUACACUCAAAACCAAAUAUUGUUCCUUCACAGAGAAGAUCCCAUAAGAAAUAAUCAUUUAGAAAGCAUUUUAAGCACCAUUCAGACUUACAUGUUCAUAAUAAAAACAAAGCAACAAAGAAUUUUGACAGAAUAAUAGACCACAGGCAAGUUUUUACCCAUAGUACUUCUUGCACUAACCUCAAUAAUCUACAUAUGGGAGAAGAGUUCUGUGAAAAUAAUCAGAAUGGAAAAUUCCUCAGAAUCAGGUAUACACGUAGUCAAAGUAUGAUAUUUCCUGUUAGUGAAAAGGCAAAAACAUGUGCUGCAUUUGGAAGGAUCGUUACCUAAAAAUCACAACUCUUCGCUCCUUCCAAAAUUCAUAAUGUAAAAAAACAUCAUGAACUUAGCAAAUGUGUAAGUUUUACACAGAAGCCACUACUCAGUGUGUAUCUAAGAAUUCAUAGAGAUGAAAAACCAUACAUAUGUAUUAAAUGUGGGAAAGCAUUCAUUCAGAAUUCUGAGUUAAUGGUACAUGAGAAAACUCACAUAAGACCCUACAAAUGCAAUGAAUGUGGGAAAUCAUUUUUAUAGCUGUCAUCUCUACUCAGGCAUCAAACAGUCCAUACUGGAGAAAAACGCUAUACUCGCAGUAAAUGUGGGAAAAACUUGUCCUUGAGCUCAUACCUCAAUAUACACCAGAAAAUCCAUUCUGAGGAGAGACAUCACAAAUGUAAUGAGUGUGGGAAAGCCUUUAUCCAAAAGUCAACACUGAAUACAUAAGAGAAUUCACACAGGAGAUCCUAUGUAUGUACUAAAUGUGAGCAGGCCUUUAUGCAGAAGGCACACUUGAUUGUGCAUCAAAGAAUUCAUACUGGAGAAAAGCCUCAUGAAUGCAGUGAAUGUGGAAUAUCUUUUCUUUCUAAGUUCCAACUUUAGCUACAUAAGCAAAUUCACACAGGAGAUAAACCAUAUAUAUGUACCAAGUGUGGGAAGGCUUUCACUAACAGGUCAAACCUCAGUACUCACCAGAAGUCUCACACCAGAGAGAAGUCUUACAUAUUCACUGAAUGUGGAAAGGCCUUCACUGAUAGGUCAAAUUUCAAUAAACACCAGACCAUUCAUACUGGAGAAAACCCCCAUAUUUUUGCCAAUUGUGGGAGGGCCUUCAUUCAGAAGUCACAGUUAGUUACACACCAGAGAAUUCACACUAUGGAGAAGCCUUGUAAAUGUCCUGACUAUGAGAAAUCCUUCUUCAAGAAACCACAUCUCAAAGUACACCAGCAAAUCCACACAGGAGAGAAACCAUAUAUAUGUGCAGAGUGUGGGAAGGCCUUCACUGACAGGUCUAAUUUCAAUAAACACCAAACUGUCCAUACUGGAGAUAAGCCUUAUAAAUGCGUCAGUGAUUGUGGAAAGGAGUUUACUCAAAAAUCAGUUCUUAGUAUGCAUCCCAAUAUUCAUACCUGA